AUGAUUGGAUCAGGCAUUUAUACCAUGACGGGCAAGAUGGCCGCAACUACUGGCUAUGCGGCGGUGUUGUGCUAUGUCGUUGGUUUGUUGCCGACUGUGUUGGCGGGUCUGGUGUAUGCGGCCUUGUCCACCAGGUAUCCCAAGGCCAGCUCUUUGGCCCAUUGGCUCCAGCAAGCUUUUGGAAGCUCGGCCUUGAGUUUUCUCGGAGGUUCGGCGACCGUUUGCAUCUACAUGUUCGCCGGCGCAUCCACUACCCUGGCUGCAGCCCUGACUUCUUUCAAAUGGGCUGGUAUUGCGACUUCGGAAGAUUCCUUCGCCGUCUCUGUAGCAUGCAUCCUUCUGUUGACGUUUUGUCUGAUGCUCAACCUCUGCGGGUUGGAGGAGGCUUCGCUUGUUCUCAAGGGAUGCACCUAUCUAGAAUUAUCCGGCCUGGUGAUUGUCAUAGUUGCUGUUGCUCUGACGCCAUCAGCUUGGUCCAGCCUAUUGGGAAUAAACUGGACGCUGCUCCCAGAAGCUUCGCCGCAGCUCGAAGAUGACAUGCAAGCAUGGCUGUCUCAUGUCCUGGCCGGUGGAGCCUUUGUUGUGUUCAGCUUCGGCGGGUUCGAUUCCAUCGCAUCGCAAGCUGAAGAGACCCAGAACCCACAACGUGAUUUGCCACUCGCCUUUGGCCUCAGCCUAAUCGUUGUGGCCAUGCUCAACAUGCUGGUCAUGGUCUCAUCACUGUGUGUCGUGAACCCUGCAGACCUUUCCACGAGUCCAGACCCGUUGACAGAUGUCAUGCAGCGAACCAUGCCCUGGCUUCCUCGUGAAGUCUUCACUGUGAUCUUGUUGGCUUCUGCUGUGAACACUGUGCUGGGCAUUCAGAUCCACGUCAGCCGAACUUUGUGGGGAAUGUCGAACGACGGAGCUCUGCCGAGGAUUCUGGGCAGGACACGUGCCUUGUGGCGUGCCAACAGACCGCAGCCACAUGUUGCUUUGGUCGUGACAACUGCGGGCCAAGGAGUUCUGCUGGUAUUUGGGCUGCUCGACUUGGGACGAAACUGUGCCACAUUGCUGGUGAUCUCUUUCUUGUUGGCGCACAGUGCCUACAUCAGUGUACGCUGCAGAGAACUUGCGGGAGCUCAACAACUCUCAGGUCACAACUUCACGGUUGGUCUCUGGGUGCCUGUCCUUGGCUGGCUUGUGACGUCUUUCAUCUUGUACCAUGCUUUGAGCACCUGGGGCUUUAUCUUUCCUGCAGGCUGGGUCACAGUUUCUGCUGCAAUUUGGGCAGUGAACUGA